UUGGAUAGAGAGUGGCCAAUUCCAGAUGCUUUGUACCAUUUGUGUUUGCUGCUUGGGAUGAGCCAGGGCUUAACCUAACCAUGAUUCCAAGGACUGGUACUUCUGAUUUUCUGCCAUCUCCACGAUCUGCAAAUGAAGCUCUUCUGUUCCUGAUUUUAAAGAAACUGAAAUUAUUACUGGAUUUGGGGAUUUAGACGAGGCAUAGGACUUUUGGACACCUUCCUUUUUGACUGCCACUGGAAUUGUUUUGGGGAUAUUUUUUUCCACAUUCAACGCAGACAACAGGAGGAAUGAACCGACAGCUAGUGAACAUUUUGACUGCCUUGUUUGCCUUUUUCUUAGAGACACACCACUUCAGGAUGACUUUCUGUAAAGAACAUGAUUCCAGAUCUGGAAAAUCUCCUCCACAGACAUUGUCUCCUUCAGAUUUCUUGGACAAACUGAUGGGGCGGACGUCAGGUUAUGAUGCAAGAAUAAGGCCCAAUUUUAAAGGUCCUCCUGUAAAUGUUACCUGCAACAUAUUUAUCAACAGCUUUGGUUCAAUAGCAGAAACUACAAUGGACUACAGAGUGAACAUUUUUUUGAGACAGCAGUGGAACGACUCUCGUCUUGCCUACAGUGAGUACCCUGAUGACUCCUUGGAUUUGGAUCCUUCCAUGUUGGAUUCUAUUUGGAAACCUGAUCUAUUCUUCGCCAAUGAAAAGGGAGCAAACUUCCAUGAUGUUACAACAGACAACAAACUUCUGAGGAUUUCCAAAAAUGGGAAAGUGUUAUAUAGUAUCAGGCUAACAUUAACCUUAUCCUGUCCCAUGGAUCUGAAGAAUUUCCCCAUGGAUGUACAAACUUGUACAAUGCAACUAGAAAGCUUUGGCUACACAAUGAAUGACCUGAUAUUUGAGUGGAUGAGUGAUGCUCCAGUGCAAGUAGCAGAAGGCUUGACUCUACCACAGUUUAUUUUGAAGGAAGAGAAAGAACUUGGUUAUUGCACAAAACACUACAACACUGGAAAAUUUACAUGCAUUGAAGUAAAGUUUCAUUUGGAGCGUCAGAUGGGAUAUUAUUUAAUCCAGAUGUACAUUCCUAGCCUGCUGAUCGUCAUUUUGUCCUGGGUUUCUUUCUGGAUCAACAUGGAUGCUGCUCCAGCCAGAGUUGCCUUGGGCAUCACUACAGUCUUGACCAUGACCACUCAGAGUUCAGGCUCCAGAGCUUCUCUUCCAAAAGUCUCUUAUGUAAAAGCUAUUGACAUCUGGAUGGCCGUCUGUCUUCUUUUUGUUUUUGCUGCAUUGCUUGAAUAUGCAGCAGUGAAUUUUGUGUCAAGGCAACACAAGGAAUUUCUGAGGCUUCGGAGAAGGCAGCGGAGGCAAAACAAGGCACAGGCUGUGACUGUUGGGAAUGAAAGCGUCGAAUCGGUACGGCGUGCGAAUGGCUUACGGAUAAAAGAGGCAUCAGCAUACGGGCCAGUGAAUCAGAUCUGCAAUCCAAGUUUGAGGGAGGAAGAUGGUGCCCGUGACAGCCGGUUCAAUUUUGGUGGCUAUGGGAUGGGUCAUUGUCUACAGGUGAAAGAUGGUGCUGCAGUCAAAGCUCCAGCUCCCAAUCCUCCCCCUCCUCCUCCUCCACCACCACUACCACCAAAGGAUUCAGAAUCUAUCAAAAAGAAGUUUGUUGACCGUGCCAAAAGGAUUGAUACAAUAUCCCGAGCUGCAUUCCCGCUUGCCUUUCUCAUCUUCAAUAUAUUUUACUGGAUUACAUACAAAAUUAUACGUCAUGAGGAUAUUCACAAAAAGUAAACCAUUCUUUGUGAGCUGGGACCCUUCUAGCCAAAGUGAAUCACUUGUAAAUAGAGAGUGAAAUGUCUUUUUCUGUCAUUGGGACAGAGGGUUUGUUGUCUUGUGAUUCUAAAGAGGGCCUGGGGUGGGGUUGAAGAAAACAAAAAGAAAAGUGUUGGUAAUAGUUGCACCAUACAAGAUGCUGUGGAAUCACAAAAUGAGGCUGUUCUUACAUAUUUGUGGCAUGGUUCUUUCAGACUCUUGCCAAGAUCAAACAAAGCUAAACAGGGACAAUUUUUUCUCCCCCAAAGUCCAUGUUUCUUCCCCCCACCCCCAGCUGUAUUUAAGAAACACUUAGCAUCUACAAUGGGGACUGUCUGUAAUGGCCACACUGCUAUGAGUUUUAAGAGGACCAAACUUUUUCAGGGUAAUGCUGCCUUUCUAUAUGAAACAAGCCUACUAAACUACACUCCAUUAAUGUCUGUAGUUAGUGGUUUGCCCAGAAGUCCCUUUGUGGAUUGUAAAUUAUUUCUACUAACAGGGGAUAGGGAAAGAUUUAUACUUUAAUAUCCUUGUUUGUGUGCAUUUUAAUAUUCUUGCUUUCCUAGAACUGUAACUAUUGAGGUCCAACUUGUGUAGAGUGUGGUUAAUUUGAUUGCUUCCACUUGUAGAACCAACAUGUGAAACAGCUCAUUUUAAACCUUUGUUAUAAGUAAAGAUGGCCAGAUGACAAAGAGGACAGCAUGGCUGUCACUUGCAUAGUUGUGUAAAAGAGAAUUUCUGCUGCAAUUUCCUUUUUUAAAUAACUGCAAAAUGCAAAGCCAACCUGGGGCAUUGUCCAAGUUUUAAAGAUGUCACUGCUUUCAUUUCAUAUAUACAGGUGACAAGGAGCAGUUUUUGAGUUUCUCUUGAAUACUGGUGACUGGGGCAUUGUCCUCCAUCAUAUCUGAAGAUAACCAGCUAAUGUAAGGGGUGCAAAGCAGGCUGCAAGGCACAUGGCAGUCUUAUUAAAUGUUUUUUCUGCCGCCUCUCCACAUCUGCCAUCUAUUGCAUUGGCUUCACUGUAAUGGUGAAGCCAGUUGUGAUUAAACAGCCCUGUCCUCCUUUGCAUCUGGCCAGCCUAGUUCUGAGAGAGUGCACUUAAUUUCAUUUCAAUUUUGCCUGUUUUUUUUUAAUGAACUACAUGCAACAUAAGGUGCCAAAUUGUAAUUUACCUAUUGUAUUACCCUGUAAUGCACUAUCGAUUAAGAACUUUGUCUUCUGGCAGAGCUCAGUUUAGCAUUGACUUUCCAUUACUGCUCUCAUUGUAGCUGCAAGUUAAUAGCUCUGUAGGUAAAUAUGACUUGUUUACAGACCUCUAAUUUAUAUCUUUACUAAAAAAACAAAAAAGUGGCUAUCAUUUUAAAUAUCACUGACUAACUGACAAGUUUUAAAACUGUACUGUGAUUUUCAUAACCUGUUAGCCUUUUGGUGCCAGAGCUAUGUGGUCCAACCCCUUGCUAUGUGUUUUAAAGUAGAAAUAAAAAGAAUUAAACCCCAACAAAAAAUCAGCUAAUUUUGCUUAUACAGGGGUGGGAGUGAUAACGUGUAAUACUGAAAAUCAAAAUGAACAGUAGAAUUUUACACCUGCUGUAAAAGGUUUUCUUACAAAAAAGUAACUGUUCCAUUUCAAUAAAGCUAAGUGUAUAAUUCA